AUGUUCCAGAACAUUCCUUUUUUAAUCCAACUUGAUUGGAACCUUCAAUUUCUUGCACUCUUCCAUCCACUGUUUCCGGCCUCUUCAAUCCGUCAAAUCACCACUCCCUCCCCAAUCAAUCACGCCGCCUUGUAUCAACAUCUGAAACAUCACCGUCAACUGGCCCCAGUUUGA